UUUACUCCCCAUCGAAAUUGAAAGAGAUUUUUUUCAUCCUUAAAAAAAUGAAAGGAAUAGAGUGGAAUCCAUGUAUCUGUCAUUUGACAAAAAAAAUCAACAUAAUUGAUAUCAAAACUGAGGAAUAAAAAUAUUACCAUUGUUUUGUUCAUAAAAUAUGUUUUAUGGUCACCAAUUGAAACAAAAAUAAGUUGUGAACUUUCAUAGGCUAAUCUUAAAAAUUUACAAAUAGUUUGAAAAUUUUGGUUGUAAAUUACAUGUCUUGUUUACAUACAUGUAAGUUGUGAAACCAACUACUUGUUAUAAAAUUGGCUUAAUCAUAAUAAGCAAAAGGUCCAUCCAUGUUCAUCACAUGGAAGAAGAUCCUCCAAGACCAACCUGUCACACUAGACUUUUCCUCUGUUUGCUUCUUCUCACAAAGUGCACACUUGAACCCCAAAAAAAAAAACAUUUUCUCCAAUUUUUUUAUACAAUAAUAUAAUCUAAAUAGAAAAAAAACAAAAGUGGUAAGAGAACAAGUCCAGCUUAAAGAAGCUCAUCUCUUUACUCAUUUCACGAUUCCCCCGUCUCGUGUUUCUCUCACACACUUGUUCUUUUGAGUUUCCUUCUCUUCUAGUCUUUUGGUCUUUCAUCAAAAGACCAAAGUUGAUGUUUUUACAGCCCUAAACAGAGACAGCCACAUACAUGUGUUAUGUCCCCAUAAUCCCAUUAUUACCACCAUUUCACACUUCUCUCCUAAUAUUUCCAGAUCCGACACAAACCCAUCUCACAGCAGAAUCUGCAGAAUCAAGAGUCAUAGAGAGAGAAUGGGAGUGAUACUGGACUCUUGGUGCUUCUGCAAAGGAGUAAGCAAAAGCGAGAAGAUGAAAGGUUCGAUUUUCUCCGGCAAGGGUCCGGCGAUGGCUCGAAUCUCCGUCUCCGGACCAAACGGUACUGUUACUUCCGGAACAGGGUUCCUCAUUCAUCGGAAUCUUCUUCUCACCACUCACCUUAAUCUCCCUUCCGUCUCCGCCACCGAAACCGCCGAGGUCCGCCUCCAGAACGGUGUCGCCGCCGCUCUCUUCCCUCACAGGUUUUUCAUCACAAGUUCAGUUAUUGAUCUGACCAUAGUUGGUGUAGACCUUGUUGAUGGUGGAGACUCAAAUUCUCAGAGUCAAACCCAACAACAGCCACAUUACCUGAAGACAUGUUCUAAGCCAAACCUGGAUUUGGGAAGUGUAGUGUACCUUUUAGGCUACGCUGCUCAGAACGAGCUCAAGGUUGGUGAGGGGAAGUUAGUGGUAGCUACCGACAAUCUCAUCAAACUAUCUACCGAUGAAAUGGUAUGGAGUCCUGGAUCAGCUGGGUUUGAUGUUCAAGGGAAUCUAGCGUUCAUGAUCUGCGAUCCGAGGAAGCUAGCUACAUCACCAGCCUCAACUUCUACUUCUUCCACAUCAUCAUUGAAGAAAGAUAACAACAAGACGCUGAUGAUGCAGUUUGGUAUACCCAUGCCUGUGAUCUGUGACUGGCUGAAUCAGCAUUGGGAAGGUAGUUUGGAUGAGCAUACGAGUAAACCUAAGCUGCCUCUCAUUAGGUUAAUGUCUUCUGGUCAGAAGAGUGAGCGUUCUUGUGCUUCGUUCACCAUGCGCCCUGUCUUCAAGCCGACUGACUCUGCUGAUGUUGUUGGAACAACAUCUUCAUCUAACAACAGAGAUCAAACUCAUAACGCCCCUGAGGAAGAAGAAGAAACCUCAAGAAAGUUAACUACUUCUACAACUCAUGCACAAGGCAUCCCAACCCCUGAGAUAUACGAAUCACCGAAGCUAACUUCAAGCCCUUUAAGAAAGGAGUCUGGUGGUGGUCAAGUCCAUCUUUUGGAUAUCAACUUCCCGCCACGUGUACCUAAAGUCCCAACCUAUCUUCCUCAGCUCAACUAUCCACAACAAAGCAAUCAUAUGGUGGAAGAGGCUGAGAUUGCAUCAGAGGGAUCAGACGCGCAGAUUGCUUCAACAGGCUCAGUGAACGGCGCUCUCAGCGAGGUCAUCUCAAGCUCACCACCACCAGAAGCAGCUCACUAUGUAUAUCACCACAAUCAUGGAUACAGCAGUGAGGAAGAGACAACAAUGUACUCUGCAGAGACAGCCGAGAGCCGAAACUAUCCAACUCCUCCGGCAAAAAGCUGUGUUGGAAGGAGCCAAAGCUGUGUGAGCUCCUCCGGCAGAUGGGGAACGCCUCAGAAGAGUUUGAGCGGUAGAAGAGCAAUGCUGGAGAAGCAAAGAAGCUUUGUCCAUGGGAAUAAUAAGAUGCAUUCACAAGGAGGAGCAACCUCUCAGAGGAGUAAUGACUAUUACAGCCCAACGGUGUCAUCAAUCAUGAAGAAAAGGAAUAAUAGUUCGGAGAAACCGGUUUUUAAACCGGUGCCUAGACCUAGAGCUGCUAGUCCUUCUUCCCAGAGAUGGAUGUUCUGAGACCAAGAGAAAGAGCCAAAACACCUUCAUAUAAAGAGAGAGACAUCUUUGUUUAAAAUUUUGAUGUCUUGUACUACUAAUUUGAUUUCAAAUCUUGUGCAGACAUAUUGAAGAGAGACGUUACCAAUAGAAAAACAUACAGUCUUGCAUUCUUGUAUUAGUUCAAAAAAAAAAAAGCUUUUGUUUUUGCUAUCA